UUACUUAUUAUUAUUUAUUUGCUUUUUUAUACUAUGAGUUAAAAUUGUAUAACUAACCAUAGCAGUAUGACAUAUUUUGAAGUUUACACUGAAAGAUUGAACAUGCGGGUACCCAACAAAGGCCAAGGUGGCAUGUUGGUAAAAAAAAAGCUUUUAAAUAAUACUUACAGUAGUAAUAAAAUUAUAUACAAAAAGUAUAUAUCAUUUUAUGAAAUAUUUGCCUUUCUACUAAUUUUAUUUAUAAAUAUAAUACCUAAUGAUAAUAAAGACAUUUUUUUCUUCGAAGAAAGACAUAAUAAAAACUUUUUUUUAAGGUUGUUAGUGAGUUAUGAUAAAACAUAUGAUGAUUUAAACAAUUGUAAACACUUGAUCGAUUCGAAAAAAAAAAUAAUGCUUAUGGAAAACAAAAGUAAACAUACAAACCAGGAGGAUUGUUCUGAUUGUGAAAACGCGUGUAAUGAAAGUGUUGGUAAUAUAUGCAAUAUUAAUGAAAAAAAUAAUUUAAAAGAUCAGAAAAACAAUAACAAAAUAAAAAAACAGUCUUAUAAUGUAAAUAAUGUUAAGCUAGAUAGACAAAACACUAAAAAAAUAGUAGAUAUCAAAAAAGUGGUUGUUAACCCUAAUGUGGAGAAGGUUCAUGCUAAAUCUUGUGAAAAUUUUUUAAAUGAAAAAAAAAAAUACUUUUCAGAAAAAAUGAAUAUUUUAAAUAGUAUUAACAAGUAUACAUGGAACGAUUUAUAUAAGGGUGAUAAAACAAAACAUAUUCAUAUACUGUGGAAACAAAACAUGUGGCGUGAGUGGAAUUAUUAUAUCAGCAUGAUAAAGAUUAAAGAUGAUAUACAAGACAUGUAUUAUUUUAAUGAAAAAAUAAAGAGUGGUUACCCAUAUGACAAAGUCAAAAGUAAAUUAAAGAAAAAACUGAAUUCAAAAAAAUUCAUAAUAUUAAAAGAUUGGGAGAAGUUUUUGGAAAUACAUUUGAAAGAAUGGGAGACAUAUAAAAAAAUGGAUACAUAA